AUGGCAUCUGUUUAUACAACUUUAGCAAUAAUAGGAAUGGUUUUAAUUUCUCCUGUUAUAAUACCAGCACUGUUUUUAGGGGGGUUAUUUUAUGAUUUUUUCAAUUCAGAACUGCCACCUGGAAUUGACCAACCUCUAAAGCUUCGUUUCUUCCAUUCAUUGCUGAUUACAACCAUGAUCUUGGGAAAGAUUUUGGAGAAGCUAGGGAUCUGCAGUGAUUUAAGCUUACUGCGAGUUGUGCUAGAUGGAAUACCACCAUGGAGAGAUUCAAAACUUCUUAUCAAAGAUAUCAAAGUAGAUGAGGUACCAUUGAGGAUUUAUCAGCCUAAAAGGCCACCUACUGGCAAAAGAAGAGGAAUACUAUAUUUUCAUGGAGGCGCUGGCACAUUUGGGAGCAUUAGAGCCUUUGAAAGAAUAUGCCGCUAUAUUGCCAAAAAAUGCAACUCAGUGGUUUUAUCUGUUGGUUACCGUUUGGCUCCUGAAUACCCAUACCCAGGGCAAUAUUUUGAUUGUCUCAAUGCCACCUUAUACUUUAUGAGGAAUUUAGAAGAGUAUCAUGUGGAUCCUGCUCUCAUCAUCAUUACUGGUGACAGCUGUGGAGCUAAUUUUGCUACGGUUAUUUGCCAAAUACUGCUGAAUAAAAGAGAUCUCCCAAAAGUACGUGCUCAGGUCUUACUUUAUCCAGGACUACAGGGGCUAGAUUUUGAUUUGCCUUCCUAUCAGCAGAAUGCUUCAGUCCCCCUGUUGUUUCGGAAGCUAGUUAUCUACUUCUGUUUUCGUUAUCUUAAUAAAGAACCAUCAGUUUUGGAAGAUGUCCUACAAAAUUGCCAUGUUCCUGAGAGUAUGAAACGGAAGUAUAAAAAAUGGGUAAGUGCUGACAUUAUUCCUGAUGAAUUUAAGAUUAGAGGCUAUGUACCACAGAAAUCCACUUCAUAUAAACCUGAAGUUCAUGAAGCAAUCAAAGAACUUUUAGCAAUAACAUUUUCCCCACUUUUAGCUGAAGACUCCAUUAUUUGCCAGCUCCCUGAAUCCUACAUUGUGACCUGUGAGUUUGAUGUGCUUAGGGAUGAUGGACUGUUAUACAAGAAGCGAUUAGAGGACAAUGGCGUUCAAGUAACCUGGUAUCAUUCUGAGAGUGGCUUCCAUGGAAUUUUAGCCUUUUUUGGCUAUGGGAUUUUUUCCUUUUUAUCUGGAAAAAACAUAAUGGAUAAUACUGUGAAUUAUAUAAACAGUUUAUAG